GGGAAAGGGGAAAAAGGAAGAGAUCUAUUAGAAAAAUGUCUCCAACUCUCGGGUGAUUCUCGUGGCAGUUGGGAGUUCGCGUGGCUUUAUAUUUAAGAGCCCUUCAAUAAACGCAGUGCAGAGCAGAGCAUAAGAGGCCAUGGAAUCCUUCAAGAAAGCAACCAUUUCCCUCUAUUUCCUCCUGGUCCUCUUCGGCUUCUCAGAAUCUUCUCGAUCCAUCCUUCCCCACCCACAGUCUCAGCCACAGCCUCAUCAAUCCUUCAAGAUCAACAAUACCCAGAAUGCUAGGAGCUGUUCGUACACGGUGACGAUUAAAACAAGCUGUGCAUCACCUGUUUAUACUCGAGACCAGAUCAGUAUUGCAUUUGGGGAUGCUUAUGGCAAUCAGGUAUACAUACCAAGGAUUGACAAUCCAUCUUCAAGGGCAUUCGAGCGCUGCUCUACAGACAAAUACGACUUAAACGGACCGUGCACGUAUCCGAUAUGCUACGUAUACCUCUACAGGAGAGGAUACGACGGAUGGGUAGUGGACAAAGUAACCAUCUAUAGUUACUCUUCGAGAAGAUCGGUUACGUACAACUACAAAGCGAUGAUCCCGAAUGAUGUAUGGUUUGGUUUUAAUUUCUGCUCUGGGUAUCAUCAAGCUGUGGGAUCUACUGCAGCAAUGUAAAAGGAUUGAGUUGAAAAUGUGAAGCUCUGAGUGUGAGCUAUAAAUGAAGUGUACCGGAACUGUUUGUUGGAAAUGUCUGGGUAAAAUAAAGUGAUGACAUCUUUUGUAUUUUGGAAAUGAGGUUUCUUUUCUUGUGGAUUUAAUUUCCCACCCUCUCUUCAA